AAGUUCAAUGAUUAACUGCAAAGAUAAAGAGAAGGCAGUUCUGCUCAAACUGUAAAGAGGAAGAUAUGAGCUAGAAAUAUAAAGAUAGGAAAAAGACAGGAAAGACAAGUCAGUCCACUUAGCUGCUACUUACUGCACAAAUCUUUCUUACAUGGAGGAGAGAGCCGGACAACCUAGGACGAUUGAACUAAAUGAUGGCACAUGCAUGCCACUACUGGGACUUGGGACAUGGAAGCCAGAGGCCACUGGCCCAGAUAUGUGUCAAAGGGCAGCUGAGGCAGCGAUCGCUGCUGGAUAUCGGCAUAUAGAUACAGCCUACAGCUACCGGAUCGAGACAGAGGUGGGGAAGGCCAUUCAGUCCAAGAUACAGCAGGGCAUCAUCAGACGCCAAGACAUGUUCAUAGUCAGUAAACUGUGGUGUACUCACCAUGCUCCUGAAGACAUUCCAGUUUGUUUAAAUAAAUCGUUAAAUGACCUUCAGCUAGACUACCUGGACCUGUAUCUAGUGCACUUUCCAGUAGGACUAAAGAAAAUGGGCGAUGAGCUUUUCCCAGAAAAGGAUGGAAAGAUGCUCACAACAAACAUAGACUAUGUUGAUGUCUGGAAGGGAAUGGAAGCUCUUAAAGCCACGGGAAAGGUGAAAAGUAUCGGUGUGUCUAACUUCACAAUCGAACAACUAGAGAGAUUGCUAUCUGUGGCCAAAAUUCCACCUGCUGUUAAUCAGGUGGAGCUCCAUCCUUACCUGGUUCAGUCUGAUUUGAUUGACUACUGUAAGUCCAAGAACAUUGCUUUAACAGCCUACAGUCCAUUUGGCUCACCUGGGAGACCUUCAGAAUACCAAAGAGGAGAUGCAGAUCCCAGGACAUUACUGGAGGAUCCUGUUGUCGGGGAUAUUGCCAAGAAGCACAGACGGACCCCUGCACAGGUUCUGUUGAGGUAUCACGUUCAGCAGAGCAUUGUAGUGAUCCCAAAGAGCAUGAAAUCCCACCACAUUUUGGAGAACACAAAGAUCUUUGAUUUCACUCUGGAUGAAGAGGAUAUGAAUGCUCUAAGGUCUCUGAAUCGAGGCUGGAGGGCCUGCAUCAUUACACAAUUGGAAUCACAUCCCUUCUACCCCUUCAAGUGAAAUGCUGUUAGUCCUGGAUGACUAACUAGAGAAAAUUGAUCAAGCACUUCUGGAGGCUGGAGUAAAGAAGAUACUGUUUUUGUUCAUUAAGUUAAGGUAUUCAUAUGUGUAUAGAUAAACUACCACAUUUUAAGGCACUGGAAUAAAAUGUUUUUGAAAAGCA